ACCGCGGAUAAACGGGACAUCUGGUUUUAAUCUCAGCAGUCGUUAAAUCAGUCGUCUCCAAAAGGCAACACGUUUCCCUUCCUGAACUCCUGCGCGUCUUGGCGCGCCGCGCGCCCUGGCGCCGCCGGAGACCGCAAAGGGUUAAACGGGGUUACCAGCAACCCCUUUAACAGGCAGGUGCCCCCGCUCGGCCCCCAGCCCCAAAGUGGAGCUCCGACUUAUUAAAACAAGCUUCUUCCCGCAUCGCAGGAGCAACUCCUAAUUGUCUCAUCGCGAGCGAUGGCCGCAGAUUAGCGCGCGGAGAGCAGAGCGCGACUUCACCGGGACUCAUCGGCUCGGACCGCAUCGGGUCGCUUCCAGUCGCCCGGCAUUUCUUUGAACAAGUGUCCGUGUUUCUUAAAGGCGGGCUGGGGGCGGGGGGGAGAGCUGGAUCCCAGACCCGCAGCUCUUGUCUCCGAUCUUCACCACUUGUCGAGCUGAGAUGCGCCGGAUGCUGUUUCCACGGUGGAUCUGGUUCCUGGCGUGCGCGUCCGCGCGGAUGGAGCUCGGCGGCGCGGCUCUGCCCCGUGUCACCUCUUCGCACGCGGGCAUCUGCCCCAAUGAGAUGAACUCCAACCUGUGGGUGGAUGCCAUGAGCACCUGCACGCGGGAAUGUGAAUCUGAUGAGGAGUGUGAGUCCUUUGAAAAGUGUUGCCAAAAUGUCUGUGGGAACCACAGUUGCGUUGCUGCCCGCUACGUGGAUGGGAAGAAUGGCCCUGUGGGAGUGCCCAGAGAAGCAUCGUGUGCCGGCUUCAUGUGCACCCAGCAGGGCUCCGAGUGUGUCAUCUGGGACGGCCACCCCUCAUGUAAAUGCCGGGACCGCUGCGAGAAGGAGCCGAACUUCACCUGCGCCUCAGAUGGCAUGACUUACUACAACAAGUGUUUCAUGGAUGCAGAGGCGUGUUCUAAGGGCAUCACCCUCUCGGUUGUCACGUGUCAAUUCCACCUCACCUGGCCCAACACGAGCCCUUCGCUUCCCCAAAUGACCACACUUCGUCCUACGACCGCCUCCUUUCAGCCCACCGUCCUGCUACCGAUGGAACCUGAACAACCCACGUUGGUCACCAGCCCCAUUCAUCAGACCAUAAACGUGGGCCAAACAGCCAGCUUCCUGUGUGAUAUCACCGGUCAACCUCAGCCUCAGAUCACGUGGGAGAAACAGCUGCCCUUGGGAGUCAUGAGGGUGAUCAUGAGACCCAAUACUGUGUUGGGGAACAUGGUGGUCACAAACAUUGGCCAGCUGGUCAUCUAUAAUGCCCGGCUGCAAGAUUCUGGGGUUUAUACCUGCAUGGCUUGGAACCCGUCUGGUUCGGUCCAGGCCCAUCACCCACUCACUGUGCUCUCAGCAGAGGUGUUCAGCACUCCGGGGCCCAAGAACCUGAGAGGGUGCCUCACUGAAGAAUGCCAAAACCCCUUUGAGAGCCAGGAGGACUGUGGAACAGAGCUGGAGAAAGUCAGCUGGUACUACGAGCCCAAAUCCAACAACUGCUUUCCCUUCAGACACUGCCGCAGCAGCAACGACCAGUCACUCAGAAAGGUGUUUGACACAUACGAGAGUUGCAUGCAGUGCUGUGGGCCAGAACUGUCCAGGCCCUGCGGACUGCCUGCCCUGCAGGGCCGCUGUAAGGCCUAUGAGCCGCGGUGGGCGUACAUUACCACCAUGGGCAAGUGUCAGCCCUUCAUCUAUGGAGGCUGUGAGGGAAAUGACAACAACUUUGAGUCAAAAGAGCUCUGCGAGGAGAUGUGCCCCUUCCCCAGAAACCACCAGUGCAAGGCUUGCAAGCCAAGAGGCAAGAUAGUGACUAGCUUCUGUAGGAGCGACUUUGUGGUCUUGGGCCGCAUGACGGACAUUACGCAAGAGAAAGACUCAGGCCACGCCCUCGUGACUGUGGAGGAGAUCUUUAAGGACGAGAAGAUGGGUUUGCGCUUCUUCGGCAAAGAACCUCUCGAAGUCACGUUCCUCAACAUGGACUGGACCUGCCCAUGCCCAAACAUAACGGCCGCGGCCGCGGAAGGUCAGGUCAUCAUCAUGGGCAACGUCAGCGAAGGAAUGGCCGUCCUCCAGCCCGAGAGCUACGUGGGCACUUCCAGUCCCCGCCGGGUACGGAAACUGAAAGAGGUGAUUUCGAAGAACACCUGCGACAUCCUCAAAGCAAUCACCAACAGCCCUCAGUAGGUUUCUCACUGCACAAAGCGUAGACUUGACAAAACUGAACUAACUGUUGUGAGCUCGACCUCAAUGAGGCGUUGUUUGAAUAUUUUGAUUGGAAAGUUUAUGUUUCUUGGAGUUCUCUGCUCAUUUUUUGUGCCCAGUUGUAUCGUGUUCAUCUAGGAUCUUGUAUAUUUUAGUUUCUGUUUCUCUUAAUGAUAUAGGACGGAGAUGUCCUUAACUUUUGUCUUAUUGUGCUGUGAACAGGCAUCUGCCUUGGGGAUUUAUUUUGCUUUUACUUUAGUCGAACCUAAUGGUUUCGGGUCUCCAACGAAAGCCUGAUAACAUUUAAAUGCAGUGUCAAAUUGUUUUAUUUAUAAAAGAGUAAAAAAAUCAACCUUGUUUAAGGUGAAAAUUUGUGAAACUGUAACAUUGAACAAAUUUUUAAAAUGACAAAAUGUAACAAAUGCUAAAUAGUAAAAUUCCUGUAAUCGACCAUAUUUCUUUGGAAACUUGGUUUCAAUCAACGUCUCAGUGUGGAAACGGUUACAGAGCCAUUUGUAAUCCUAAUGCUUUAGUGGUUUUUGUUUUCUUUCCGAUGUAAAAAUAGAAUUUGUGAUACCAAGAAUGUAAAUGAACCAAAAAGAACCAAACAGAAAUAUACUGGGGCCCAUCCUAUUUCAUUGCACUGCAGCUUAUUACUAAUUAUUACUUUUCACGUCUUCCAGCAGAAUGGAGAACAGAUCUUUUUUUCUAUUUUUAUAUAAUUUAAAUGGCAUUGUAUGUGUAAAGUCUAUUAUUAAAACUCUACUUCUAAUCCAGAACUUUGUAUAUACACAUUAUAUCAAACCAAAGUACCUGUUAAACAUAAUAUAAGCUUUGAUUUGUUUGAUUAAAAAUUAUUUGUCAUUACAACUCUGUUGUUUCUUUUACAACCAAUUUUGUACUUUUUUUUAUUUUUUUAUCA